AGAAGAAACAAGGUUUGCGCCAUCAGACAAUAGGGCUCGAGCGCCUGUGCGAGUCCUCCUGGGCGGAACGGAAACACGCAGCGUGGUACGCGUUUGUACCGGAGUCCGAACCUUGUAAAACAACUUUCCUGUAUACCAGAGUAACGCAGCACUCAAAAUCAUUUACUCAGUAGCAACAUGGCGAGGAUUAUUCAGAACGGCCUGAGAUUUCUGUUGUCGUCUCUCAUUGUCUCUCAGGCGCAAGCGUUUUACAUCCCAGGAUGGUCAAUCAAAAGCUAUCAGGAUGGUGAACAUAUUCCGUUGAUGGUUAAUAAGGUCUAUUCCGACAGCACCCAGCUACAAUAUGCCUAUUACGACCUACCAUUUGUCUGCCCUCCUACCGGCAAAACUCAUGCCUCGGGUCUGCUGAGUGGCCAAAGCAUAUCGCUUAACCUCGGCGAAGUCCUCCGGGGAGACCGCAUCAUGAUUUCCGAUAUUGAUCUCACCGUCGGCCACGACAAUGAAUGCAGCUUUCUUUGUGAUCAGCUAGUAACGAGAAGAGAUUUGAGACGCGCUAAAGAGUUGGUCAAAGAUGGUUAUGUCGUGGAAUGGAUUGUAGACAAUUUACCGGGCGCUACGAGCUUCGUAACGGUUGACAAAACAAGGAAAUACUACGCUGCCGGCUUCAAGCUGGGCUUCACCAAAUAUGACUCGAGCACCGGCAAGCCUCGCUACUUUUUGAACAACCACCAUACCAUUGUCAUCCGUUAUCGAAGAGCACCAGGCCGUGCAGGCGAAAGAGGGGGAAAGGUUGUCGUAGGGUUCGAGGUAUACACUAAGAGCAUCGGUCUGAACAACAAGCGAGAAAAUGGCUGCCCAGUUGAACUACAGGAAGUUGAGGAGAACUUUGAAUUGUACAUGCCUCCGAACAUGACCGAUGCUCUGUCUGUAGAAGAGCAACAUCCAGACAACCACUAUGACAAUCUAGACGAGGGCGACGACGAGGAUACAAUAGCUAUCCCCUAUUCCUAUUCGGUAUAUUUCCGAGAAGAUGAGUCGAUUGAGUGGGACAGGCGCUGGGAUUUAUAUUUCGUCAACCAGGAAGAAGGUUCAAGAAUCCAUUGGCUCGCCAUCAUCAACUCUCUCAUCAUCUGUGGACUCUUAAGCGGAAUCGUCAUCAUGAUUCUAUCCAAGACUAUCCGAACUGAUAUCAAGGGCUAUCGUGAAGGCUCUUUAGAAGCCGGCGCGAAACUGAAGAGUGGAACUCCGCGGUCUCCAAAACCGGAGAAACAGGGCCUUGGUCUUCUAGAUCAAGGAAAUGAAGUGGACAAUCAAUUGGAUGACGCUUCUGAUGACGAAGCCCUUGAAGACGUGACAGGGUGGAAGUUGCUGCAUGGAGAUGUUUUCCGACGACCGCAGUACGGGCAUUUACUGGCUCCACUAGUUGGUUCAGGCACGCAGGUGCUGUUCAUGGCCGUUGGCUUGAUUACCCUCAGUGCCAUUGGAAUCCUGAACCCUAGCUUCCGGGGCGGGUUUCUCAGCUUUGGAUUCGGCCUCUUCGUGCUCGCUGGUAUUUUCUCAGGCUAUUUCUCCGCCAAGGUUUACCAGGGCUUCGGAGGCGUUAACUUUGGGAAGAAUGCUCUCAUCACAGCAUGUUUCUUCCCGGGUCUCCUUUUCGCGCUCGUCUUCAUACUGAACUUAUUCGUUUGGGCACAGGCAUCCAGCACUGCGAUCCCAUUCGGAACACUGCUCGCGAUCGCGCUUCUCUGGCUUUGCAUACAGGUACCGCUCGUCUACCUUGGCUCCUGGUAUGGUCACGCCCGCUCUGGGUCCUGGGAAAAUCCGACGAAAACAUCGAGCAUUGCUCGCCAAGUGCCAAACCAAGCUUGGUACAUCAAGAGUUUACAGUCGAUUUUAUUCGCCGGCUUAGUGCCCUUUACUGUCAUCUUCAUCGAGCUCCUCUUCGUCUUCCAAUCUGUCUGGCAAGAUAAAAGCGGCUAUUACUACGUCUUCGGCUUCCUCGGCGUGGUGUCCCUCAUCCUCAUCGUCACGGUGGCCGAAGUCACGAUUGUCACGAUCUACGUCCAGCUCUGCUCUGAGAACUACCACUGGUGGUGGCAGUCGUUUGCAGUGGGCGGUGGAAGCGCCGUCUGGGUCUUCCUCUACAGCGUCUGGUACUACUUCUUCAAGCUGCAUAUCACGGGCCUCGUCAGCUCCAUGUUGUUCUUCGUCUACAGCUUCAUGGCUUGCUGUGUCUACGGACUGCUCACGGGGACCGUCGGCUUCUUGGCGGCGUAUACUUUUAUUCGGAAAUUAUAUGGUGCUAUUAAGAUAGACUAAGUUUUCAGAUGGCGAUGAUCAGUUACGGGCUGAAUACACUAUUUUAUACCUAACUAGUAUAUAAAAAAAGUUUUCUAU